AUGCGCGCGCCUCCUCACCUGGACCCCGGGCUGGUGCUGAUGCUGCUGCUGGCCUGCUGCUGCCGGACUCCGGGGAUGGUCGGUGCAACUGUGCCUGCGGCGCCCGUGAACGUCUCGGUGACCCAGCUGCGGGCGCACUCCGCCAUGGUGACUUGGAACGUCCCUCAGGGAGACACCGUCAUCGGUUAUGCCAUCUCUCAGCAGAGGCAGGACGGUUUGAUGCAGCGCUCCAUCCGAGAGGUGAACACGUCCAGCCGCUGGUGUGUGCUCUGGGACCUGGACGAGGCCACUCACUACAGCGUCCAGGUGCAGUCCGUCGGGCUUCACGGUGACAGCCAGCCCAGCCGUUCAGUCCACUUCAAAACUCUGGAGAGAACCGACCAUUAUCCAGCCGGAAUCCUGGACCACCACGAGCCGGCGAUGGAGGGUCUGGGGAUGACUCCUCACCUGCAGACCGGAGAGCUGCUCAUCAUCACCACGGUGCUUCUGCUGUGGGCGGCCGUCAUCGCGCUCUUCUGCCGGCAGUACGACAUCAUCAAAGACAACGACUCCAACGGCGCCAAGGAGAAAGCCAAGAGGCCGCUGGUUCGAGCCUCCACCUCUUACUACAACGCCUCGGCCGGCAGCUCGCCGCUCUACCACAACGGAGCGGUCCGCAGCAGCAGGCUGCACCGAGCCUCGUCCUCCAUCAGCAUCAUCCGAGUCUAAUCUGUGACUCGGAGCUCAGGACGAGUUUCAGGUGGAUUAUCGGGACAA